GUGUCUCGCGUCUCGUGCUCUCAGUCGGCGUUUGGCUGCCCGAGUAUCGGAUGAGAGAGAGAGUCGGUCUCGCUCUUUUCGCGCUCGCGUAAACAAACAAGAGUACGACGCGCGUAGUUUCGCGUUGUUUCGUUUACGAGUGUAACCGAAUUCGUGGUUUAUUCUCGACGUUCGUCCUGUGUGAUCGCAUCGCCGAAUUCACGAACGGAUUCUAUGGAUUUCCGGCGCGACUCGAAGGAACAGUGACAAAACCACCGUGGCUUUCAUGGUUCGUGCAUCGAAUACCGGUUCGCAGGACAGACUUUAGUUGUGUGCCGAGGAUCAACGUCGCUAUGGAGCCGCAGGAUUGCUAAUUGUGCUUUCUCUCUUCGCGAAACCGAAGCGGGAAUCGUACGGUCAAUAUGGAGCGAUGGACCGUGUACAUGUUGAUGCUGCAGAUCUUCGCUGCCGUCGCUCGAGCGACCGAGGAUUUUCGGCACAUCUCGUACGAAGAUUUAGCGGACAUCAAUAUGUUUCGACAGGAGGGAGUCACGACUUACUCUCAGCUGCUUUUUGACGUCGCGCGGCAGCAGGUCGUUGUUGGCGCAAGAGAUAAUUUGUACCGCUUGACGCUGACGUCGCUUACGGACCUGGAGCACGCCACGUGGUCCGCGCCGGAGGACAAGGUCAACACCUGUCAGAAUAAGGGCCAGAGCGUCGAGGAUUGUCGUAAUUACGUCAAGGUGCUCCUCAGCAACGGCAAGAGCCUCUUCACCUGCGGCACUUACGCCUUCAGUCCGUGGUGCGCGUGGCGAGAGAUCGAGAAUAUAACGAGCGUGACCAGCGAGAUGUCGGGCGUGGCCAUGUGUCCGUAUUCACCGCAUGCAAACGUCACGGCGCUUCUCUCGAUGGGACCUUCUGGCGGCCUCUUCGCCGGCGCGUCGACCGACUUCUCCGGAGCCGAUCCUGCGAUCUACAGAACGCUGGCGUCGCCGAACCUCAGGACACGACAAUACGAUUCCAAGUGGCUGAACGACCCGCAGUUUGUCGGCAGCUUCGAGACGGAGGAUCACGUGUACUUUCUAUUUCGCGAAUCUGCCGUGGAGUACAUCAACUGCGGCAAGAAAAUCUACUCGAGAAUAGCGAGGGUUUGCAAGAACGAUCGAGGUGGACAGAUUAUGAUGAAGGACGUAUGGACGACCUUCAGUAAAGCCCGUUUGAAUUGCUCCCUUCCCGGCGAAUUUCCAUUCUAUUACGAUGAGAUCCAAGGCGCGGCUUAUCAUCCGGAAGAGGAAAUCGUUUACGCGACCUUUACAACGCCUAUUAACGGCAUCGCAGGCUCGGCGAUCUGCGCGUUCAACAUGUCGGCGAUCGCCUCUAGUUUUAACGGGCCUUUCAAGUAUCAGGAAAACGCGGGCGCCGCCUGGGAAAGGAGACCGGUCGCGCAUCAUAAUCGACAACGUUGCGGGCCUCCGUCCAGCACCGCGCCGCAUCAGAUCAUGGACAAUCAGCGGUACCAGUUGAUGGACGAGGCGGUCCAGAGCACGAUGCUGGGUCCGCUGCACACCGCGACCCUCGAGCGAUUCACCCACAUCGCGGUGGACGUGACGCCGACCAAGCUGCACCGUAGCGUGACGGUCCUCUAUGUCGCCACGGUGACCGGGCUGAUCAAGAAGAUCUCCGUUCUCCCUAGAACGCAGGAAACGUGCAUCGUCGAGGUUUGGGGACCUUUGCCCUCGCCGCCGAUGACGUUGCAAUUCCUCAAGGACACGCAGAGCCUCUACAUCGGCAUGGAAAUUGGCCUCUUGCGCGUACCUGCCGUUCAGUGUUAUCGUCAUCGGAACCGUCAAGCAUGCCUGAACGCCCAGGAGCCGUAUUGUGGAUGGAACGAGCAUCUUAUGAAGUGUGCGCAGGCACCGAAACAGAAUUAUCUCGCGAAUCAUUGGCAUCAGGAGGUCACCAAGUGCCCGGUACUCACGGAUCCUGUUGACGGAGGCUGGAGCGCGUGGAGUUCUUGGUCGCCCUGUCAACACGGCACGGUGGAACAAUCGUUCGAACACGGUCACGUUCACUCUCACUCGCAAGCGUAUGAUGCGGAGAAGAUUGACACGUGCCAAUGUCAGACCAGAGAAUGCAACAAUCCUCCGCCGCAGCACGGUGGCGAGAGUUGCACAGGUGCACGCGUCAGAGUAACAAAUUGCACCGUUCACGGCGGCUGGACCGCUUGGUCAGCAUGGUCGGAAUGCUCCCAGACUUGCGGUUUCGCGAUUAAAACUCGCCGGCGAACCUGCACGAAUCCGGCUCCCGCGUUCGGCGGACGCGUUUGCGUCGGUUACGAUCACGACGAUAACGUGUGCAUCAACCAGCCGCCUUGUCCUGUCCCUGCUAAAGUCACUCCGCCGCCUCAAAGCGGACAGUGGUCGACCUGGGGUCCCUGGCACGCGUGUUCGCGACCGUGUAAUGGCGGAAUACGUAUUAGAAAGAGAACCUGCGACAAUCCGUCGCCAAAGAAAGGUGGCGUAGAAUGUCCUGGAUGCGAUUUUCAGAUUGAGGAUUGCAACACUUACCAAUGUCCCGAGACGAGACGGUAUACUGGAUGGACUCCUUGGUUGGCAGUGAACGCCAGUUUGCAAAGUGGCAGUACGGGCUAUCUGGAGAAACGUUUUCGAUACAGCUGCCGCGCGCAGACAGAUGAUUCAUCAACCGUGCGAGUGCAACUUGCCAAGGAGGAGGAGCGCUAUUGUAGAAACGAUGGGUCUUGUCAAAGAGGAAAAGAGGCGGAUGAGAGCGGUUGGGGCGAAUGGUCCUCCUGGAGUCCAUGCGAUCGUCCUUGUGGGCGGGGUACUCAACAUAGAACGAGGCAAUGCGAGUUGCCAUUAUGCGAAGGUGGUCCCACCACGCAGAACAGAGUUUGCAAUUCGCAUCCGUGUCGCUUGAAUCCCAACGAUGACAACAUGGCGGAGGGUCAAUGGUCGUGUUGGACGGACUGGUCAGAGUGUUCGGUGACUUGUGGCGUUGGCGUACGCACUAGGACGAGAGAAUGCCUCGGUCCGGAAGGCUGUAGCGGUUUGCAAUUGAUGAAGGAUACUUGCGAAAUGGCCAGCUGCGAAUCACUGAUUGGUUGGGACACGUGGUCGCGCUGGACCCCAUGUGACGGCGAUCGUCAGCAACACCGAAAGCGAACAUGCCUUCAGAACGGACCCGGCAUGUGCGAAGGGUUGAGUCACGAGAUACGUGAUUGUCUUCCGGACUGCAUAGACAACGAUGUAAAUGCUUUGCCUUCAAGUGUGGAGAACGCGGGCGUUACGGUGGGUGCAGUGGUGGGCAGCUGCGUAAUCGGUUUUUUUAUCGGCUUGGCAUUAACCGCAGUUCUGUUUUUCUACUUGAAACGACGCAAACCGCGCAUUCCAGGGAGUCCGCAUUAUAUCAGUAAACAAAAUCCUUAUGUCACUGUGCCGUUGAAAGAGGUGAACGCAAAGCGACAGCCCAGUUUUUCGGGCAGCACCAACGGAAACGGGACUCUACGUAUUAAGAAUAAUCCCAACGUUAACGGUCUCGGUAGUCCCAAGCUGUAUCCGAAGAGUCUCGAUUACGAAUCUGCCACCUUGAAACGUAACAGUCAUGGUCAGCAACAUAUUCGUGCCGAUCCUGAUCAGGACAAGUACUACUGAACGAACCACCCGCAUAAAGUAGUGCGUCGUGCUUGAUUUGUGUUCUGGUCUUUUGGAUCAUGUGUGAUCUUCGUGUGAUUUAUUUAUACGAUGAGUCAUACGUAACGUUGCUGACUUUGAAUGUUAAUUCAUUCCACGCAUUUGGCAGCUACAUAUAAACUUUAUCGAUUGAUUAGUGUUCGAACGUUGAAAGUGACGUGUGUGUGUGACUCGAAGAUGGACUUCCGCGUUACAGGAAGAUAACUACUUAAUUAAAUUAAGGCGAUUAAAAGGAUGCCUGUCUACAAGACUUUAAUGUUCUUAGCGUUAAGAUAAGUGAUAUACAUGUUCUCCGGCGCAUUUGGGAGUUAGCGACAAUAGCGCGAUUACUGCGAUUCAAUAUUAUGAACAAAGAUUAAAGGAGUCGAUACGUAUUUUGAUAAGGACAUGACGAUGUUUUUUUUGCAACUGUUGCAGUACAGAUAGACAUGCUCAUAAUCGAUGCAUCGUUUUCGGAGCGACGCAAUAACUCGGUGCAACCCGCGGAGAAAGUCAUUGUUUCAAGAGAUUUUAUAAGAGUUUAUUUUUGUUUCUGUAUAUAUAUAUAGAUAUAUCCCUCUCUCCCGCAAAAAAAAAAGAAAGAGAUUAAGAAUGCAAACGGACAAAAUCGAGAAUUUAAUCCGCUCACAUCUGAGCAUU